UUUCUAUCUGAAACUUUGCUACAGGAACAUGAUUAGAAAGUACAUUCCAGAGUGGCUCGACUCCUAAAAGGAUUGGAAGAAUUAAUCUCUGGCAGUUAAGGGGAACAAAAGAAUCAGUAGAAAUGCUUGUGUCUUGAAAGCUUAUUUACUGGAUUUCAACAUUUGAAAAACAGCCUCAUAAAGAACUAUUGUAUGUGAGCUGAAAAAAAACAGCAGCUUAGACAUCACUACCUAGUUUGUCACAAAGGAUUGUAAUGUUUUUGAAAUUCCAAAUAAUGUGUACUCCAGCAUUUUACCAGCUAGGCUUUGUGCAGCAAUAAAGGAGAGCUGUCACUCCACUGUGUCAAUAAAACUUGCAGAGGACCAUCAUAUAUGCUUAAAAACAUGUAAAUAAGUUCCUACUGCACAUGAAGUGGUUACAUCAAGGAACCCUGCUGAGCAUCAGGCUGGAUUUGGAAGUAAAGUGACAGAGUGGGUCUAUACAGAAGCUGUGUGACAUCACUGGAAGCAAGGCUGAGACACACAGAGCCUUUAGAGUUUAAUCCAGAGCUCACUGUUGCAUGACAAGGCGCCUCCAUCUGUGUACAGUCUCUGACCUGUCCAGAACUCUACAUGAUACUGAGGUUUUCAGAGGUCAUUGCUUGGAACUGACAUAAACAGAGCAAAGAACAAGAUGCCAACUAAUGGAAUACACCAAGCCUUAAAAAUUCAGUUUGGCUUAAUUAACUCUGAAAACAGAUACCUGACAGCAGAGGCAUUCGGCUUUAAGGUGAAUGCCUCUGCUCCAAGUCUGAAAAGGAAGCAGAUAUGGACACUGCAGCAGAAUGAAGAGGAGAGUUCUGUUGUUUUCUUUAAAAGUCACUUGGGCAGGUAUCUAUCUGCUGACAAGGAUGGUAACGUGUCAUGUGAAGCAGAGGAGUUGCAUGGAGAUUGCAGGUUUAUGAUCAUACCUCAGUCUGAUGGCAGGUGGGCCAUUCAGUCAGAACCACACAAACGGUUCUUUGGAGGGACAGAUGAUAAGCUCUCCUGUUUUUCCCAGCUGAUCACAGAAUCUGAGCUCUGGGCCAUACAUCUGGCCAUCCAUCCUCAGGCCAACCUCUUAAGUGUCAGCAGACGGAGAUAUGCACACCUUAGCAUACAGGAGGAUGAGAUCACCACUGACAGCAAUAUUCCCUGGGGUGUUGAUGCACUGAUCACUCUGAUUUUUCAUGAAAAGAAGUACUGCUUGAAGACAUGUGACAACAGAUACUUGAAGAAUGAUGGCAGACUGGUGAAGGACCCAGAGGAAGGAACAAGAUAUACUCUGGAAUUUAGAGCUGGGAAGCUGGCUUUCAAAGAUUGCCAUGGGAAAUAUCUAACUCCUGUGGGACCCACAGGCACUCUGCGAUCUGGAAGAAGUACAAAGCCAGGGAAGGAUGAGCUGUUUGACCUAGAAGAAAGUCAUCCUCAAGUUGUCCUUCAAGCUUCCAAUGGCAGAUUUGUGUCCAUCAGGCAAGGAGUAAACAUCUCAGCAAACCAAGAUGAUGAAACCGACUUUGAAACUUUUCAGAUGGAAAUUGAUAAAGAAUCUAAACAAUGCACCUUGUAUUCGCAUGUUGGCAACUACUGGACACUGGUGUCCCAUGGGGGCAUUCAGUCCACUGCAACUGAAAUUGCUGCCAACAACAUGUUUGAUAUUGAGUGGCGUGGAAGACGGAUUGCCAUUCGAGCAAGUAAUGGCAAGUAUAUCUGUACAAAAAAAAAUGGCCAGCUUGCAGCGGUCAGUGACUCCAUUGGUAAGCAAUAUCAAAAUCAAAGCUAA